CAUUGUAGCCUAAUGUAGCGGAGUAAGAGUACAGUUUCUUCUUCACAAAUCUACUCAAGUAAAAGUAAAAAGUAUAGUGAUUUAAAACUACUCCUAGAAGUAUACUUUUUUCAAAAACUUACUCAAGUAAAUGUAACGGAGUAAAUGUAACUCAUUACUACCCACCUCUGUGUCUUACAUAAUGUAGGCUACUAGUGGAUGAUUGCAUAAUAUCCAGGGGAGAGGGAAGGUGAGCAGACUGGUUCAUCUUCACCUUCAACUUUCUCCCAGUUUUAGUUUAUUAUGGACCCAUUACAACUUUACGGACGACUAUUCUGUUUUACUAGCAAACGGGAGACAAUACACUUCGUGAUGUUAUUCUAUCAGAUCAGAUCCAACUGAGAUAAAUGCAUGUAGGCCAAUGAACGGGUUCAACAGUUAGGGCGGAGCUACUGGAACAAGCCAAUCCUGAAACAUGUACUACAAAUACUCAAUGCUGAACAGUUGCUUUGUCUGUACCAGCCAGGUUCUGGCAAUUUACAGAGUGAACUCUCUCUAUUCUACACAAUAAUCUUGCUAAAUGUAAAUUACUGACCCAGAUACUUUUCAUGAGAUACAGUGUGUCGUGUUGCAACCUGGUCUUAGAGCAUUUCGUCAACUGCAACGUUGCAUGAACAACACUAACAUGAGUGUGGGAGCAACAAUAGUGGACUCGGCGUUUCACCUUCAAAAUAAAGGUCUCCAUUGAACCUGAUGCUAACAGAUAAAAGCGCUAACAUUUGUGUAAACUCUACAGAGUGGUGUUCUGUGGGUGUCACUGAGUAGGCUGAUACGCCAUUUCAUGGGUGCACAAUACAUAAGUUAGGCUGUAGAGUGCAAUAUGAAUGUCCAAAACCUACAAUGACUGGGAAGGUGAUUUCCCAGUCAAAGUCCUGCAAUAAGAGCUAAGAUACUAAUAUUUGUGUAAACUCUUGAUAAUUGUGUUUUCUAGGUGUCACUGAGUCGGCUGAUACCCCAUUUCAUGGGUGCACAAUCCAUAGGUUAGGCUGUACAGUACAUAUACAUAUCUCCAAUGCAAUUCUAAGGUCUAAUACAUCCACAGUUCGUUUUUUUGUAAAAUGAACAAACAAUUGUAUUUUCUUGAAUGUAUAACAUUACAACCUUGUUUGGCAUGAUCUAGUGUAAUUGUGUCAUGAUUCCACUAUUUUCCUCCGUUUGCAUCAGUUUCAAUGGGGACUUUUAUUUUGAAGGCACCCCGCCGAUUCCAUUAUUGUUGCUCACGCUAAUGUUGUUCAUGAGACACACAUGCAACUCGGGUCAUUGGCAUUGGAUUCCUCUCUUUAUUUGGAGAACCAUAAAGAGUGCGAUCACCAGUUUGUCCAGAAUAUUGAAGAGUAGCCUACGCUGCGAAAUGGAGCUGCAUGAAGGAGCCGCACACGUACAUGGUGAGGGUGUUUUAGACCUGUCGCGUCUGAAUUUGAACAGUUUGAGCUUGGUCAACAUCAGCGAGGAGCGAAAGAGGGGCACCAAGCAGUUGUAUCUCAACUUCAACCGACUGCCCUCGCUGCCCGGAUCGGUUUGCAUGUUCUCCAACCUCGAGUUUCUUGACAUUAGCAACAACGGACUAUCGGUCAUCUGUGAAGGCAUUACCCGGUUAACGAAGCUCAGAACACUAAUAGCCAAGAACAACCGUCUGGACGAAUUCUCGCUUCCCAAGGAGUUCGGGUCUUUGCCGUUGGAGGUGUUGAAUCUAAGUGGCAAUAGAUUUGAGGAGAUGCCAGCGCAGUUCCUGAAGUUGCAGCGGCUACAAUCACUUUCCGUGGGGGGAAACAGACUCCAAAGUAUUCCUGCAGAAAUUGAGAAUUUAACCAGUCUUGAGAUGCUGUAUUUGGGUGGUAACCUGAUCACCUCUAUUCCUCCUGAGCUGGCCAACCUGCCCUACCUCAGCUAUUUGGUCCUGUGUGACAACCGCAUACAGGGUGUACCCCCGCAGCUCACCAGGCUCCACUCCCUGCGCUCCCUGAGUCUCCAUAACAACCUGCUGACCUACCUGCCCCGGGAGAUCCUCAGCCUGGUGCGCCUGCAGGAGCUCAGUCUCCGCGGCAACCCCCUGGUGGUGCGCUUCGUCAAGGAGAUGACCUAUGACCCGCCGUCGCUGCUGGAGCUGGCAGGUCGUACCAUCAAGAGCCGGAACGUUCCAUACUCGUCCUGCGACAUGCCCUCUCACCUGCUGCACUACCUAGACCUGGCCAGCAAGUGUCCCAAUCCUAAGUGUGCCGGCGUGUACUUUGACUCGUGCGUGCGCCACAUCAAGUUUGUGGACUUCUGUGGGAAGUACCGGCUGCCCCUCAUGCACUACCUGUGCUCCCCAGAAUGCACCUCACCCUGCAGCUCCAACCCCCAGAGCGAUGCCGAGUCAGAGGAUGAGAUCAGCGUGCCCGCCUACCGCCUGCAGAGGGUGCUGCUGGGAUAGCAGGAAGUGGAAGGACCUCCGGUCCUAACCAUGACAACAGCCUCAGAACCCCGGUCUUUCUCUCUGGGGAUGAACUCUGACCCCUCUGGUCUCUUGUUUGUGUGUGUUUGAUGCAAGACGCUAGACACACACGCGCACUAUGACAUACGCACGCACGCACGCACGCACGCACACACACACAUACACACACACGUGAGAGAUAUCUUGUUGUCACUGUGGACCUUUAACCAGGACAAAUACCUUUAGGUGGGUAUGUCCCCAGGAACCCAUUGACUCAGUCACUAUAGCCAUCUAAAACUGAGGGGCAAAUGAUGUGCGGGAUCUUAGCUCUAUUUCUCAGUAACAUUACAGAUCACUGAUGCCUUCUGACUUUGAGCAGUGCCUUAAACAGAUUAAUAAUUUCACUCCAUUCCUGAUGGUUUCAUGGGUAAACAUAGGAGGGCAGUAGAAACCAUAACUUUGCCAACUCGCUAUGUGAUCUAUCGAAAGGUUUUCAUGAUUUUAGAACACUAUCACACCAUUCCUGAGAGUCAGGAUAUGAACAAUGUGAGCUUUCCAAGUGCCUGAAAACAGAAAGUGUGUGACCCGGUUCUCUGUGAAAGCUUUGUUUUUCUCUCACAGGAAGUUGAUCUAGGCCGGGCAGAGUGUGUAUGGACGCCUCACAGCACAAUACACACACAUUUACUGUGAAAGGAGAAAAUCUAACGAAUCCGACAAGAUACAAUGAAAGUUUGUAUUUCCAGCCCUUGGUAUUCUCUAAAUUUGACAGUUAUAGAUAUAUGUAUCAACGUCUUUGUGAUGUUUGUGGGAACAUUUAGACAAUGUCUCCAGAAGGUACGUGUUUAUGGUAACUGGAAGAAUAAUACAGUAGCUGACCUUUCAAUAAUGCUGGUCUAUUGUUACAGUACCAUGUAGAAGUGCUUUUGUAUGUAUGUGUAUAUGCCUUACUGAAGAGAAAAGGAAUUCUAGAAAGAAAACAAAGUGAGAACAGAACCUGUAAUAUGUAACAAUUCACUUUUCUUUUUUUUUUUUAUUUAUGCUGUGUUAACACUUUACUUGACACCUAGUGUCAUAACAUGUUAUGACA